UUACUAACAAUCAAUAAAAUGCUGCGAAACUUUGCGAGUGCGAGAAGUAAACUGGCCAGUAAUUGGCCACGCCCACAGCGCAACUAUCACAGCAAAGUGGGCGUCUGGGGCUAUCGGCCAGUGACCAGGCGCGUCUUCAAAGUGCCCGAGGAGGUGAAGGAGUCGCGCAAUGCACAGGCCAACGUCUACCGCUGGGUGGAGGCAUUUCGCCAGCACGGGCACAAAUUGGCAGCCGUAAAUCCCAUCAGCAUCAAAGUGUCCGGCGGCCAAAGCGAGCUGCAGGAAUUAAAUCCCGCAUUUUAUGGACUGCAGACACAGCAAACGGUGCGCACCGCUGGCCUCCUCAGUGCGCCGGCGAAUGCCCAGAACGUUGCCCAGCUGGAGCAGCUGCUGCGCGACAUUUACUGCAGCAGCUCGGCCAGCGCCGAGUUCGCCUACGUUGAGGACACCGAGGAGCGCGAAUGGCUGGCCAAGAACUUUGAGUCUCUGUCCGAGCGCCAGCUGCAGUCGACGGAGCGCUGCGAAAUCGCCGAGCUGCUAAUUAAGUCCCAGGCAUGGGAUAAUUUCAUGGCCCUCAAAUUUCCCACGGUCAAGCGCUACAGCGGCGAGGGCGCCGAGUCCAUGUUGGCCUUCUUUUGGCAACUCCUGCGCGACAGCGUUCAAGCUAACAUUGAGCAUGUGGUGCUGGCCAUGCCCCACCGCGGACGCACCUCCCUGCAGGCGGUGCUGCUGAACAUGCGGCCGGCAAAAGUUUUUCGCAAACUCAGCGGCGCUUCGGAGUUUGCCGACGACAUUGAGGCCAUGUCGGACAUCAUAACUCACUUCCAUGUUUCGGAGCAGCUCCAAGUGCUUGGCAAAAGCAUCAACUUUAGCAUGGUGCGAAAUCCUUCACAUCUGGAGGCCGCCAAUCCCGUGGCCAUGGGCAAGACGCGCUCCAAGCAGCAGAGUCGCAGGGAAGGCGCCUUCAACACAGAUUCGGAGAGCGCCGAACCCUUUGGCCAGCAUGUUUUGAAUGUGAUCCUCCAUGGAGAUGCAGCCUUUGCCGGUCAGGGCAUCAAUCAGGAAUGCCUCAACAUGGCCUACGUGCCGCACUUUGAGGUGGGCGGCAGCCUGCAUCUGAUUGUCAACAAUCAGGUGGGCUUUACCACACCCGGAGAGCGCGGACGCUCCACCGAAUACACCUCCGAUCUGGCCAAGACCAUUCAGGCGCCCGUCUUCCAUGUCAAUGGCGAUGAUCCAGAGGCACUGAUACGCAUUACCAACCUCGCGUUCCGCUAUCAACGCGAAUUCCGCAAGGACGUCUUCAUUGACCUGAACUGCUAUCGCCGCUGGGGCCACAACGAGCUAGACGAUCCGACCUUCACCAAUCCACUGGUCUAUAAAAUUGUCCACCAACGCCAGUCCGUGCCAGACCUGUAUGCAGCAGAGCUGGCCAAGCAGGGCGUGCUCAGCGUCGAGCAAGCUAAGCAAAUGCGGGAGCAGUACAUGUCCUAUCUGAACGAGGAAUUGUCCUUGGCGCCCAGCUAUCAGCCGCCGCCAAGCUACUUUGAGCAGCAGUGGGCGGGACUGCAGCUGGCGCCCGUCAAUGAACUCACCUAUUGGGAUACGGGUCUGGAUUACGGUCUACUGCACUGGAUUGGCCAGCAGAGCGUCGCCUUCCCUGAUGACUUUAACAUUCAUCCACAUCUGCUCAAAACGUUUGUCCAAGGCAGACUCAAGAAACUGGAGGCUGGCGCCAAAAUAGACUGGGCCACGGCUGAGGCGCUGGCCAUUGGCAGUCUGAUAUAUCAGGGUCACAAUGUGCGCCUUAGUGGCGAGGAUGUGGGGCGUGGCACCUUCUCGCAUCGCCAUGCCAUGCUGGUGGAUCAGCAGACCAAUGAGAUGUAUGUGCCGCUCAACCAUAUGGAAGGCGGCAACGGAGGCAAACUAGAGCUGGCGCACAGCAUUUUGUCCGAGGAGGCGACACUGGGCUUCGAGUACGGCAUGGCCAUAGAUAAUCCACAGAAUUUGAUUAUAUGGGAGGCGCAGUUUGGUGACUUUGCCAAUGGCGCCCAAAUAAUCAUCGAUACUUUCAUAGUCUCCGGCGAGAGCAAAUGGAUGGAAUCGAAUGCUUUGGUCAUGCUCCUACCACACGGCUACGAUGGGGCGGCCUCCGAGCACAGCUCCUGCCGCAUUGAACGUUUUCUGCAGCUCUGCGACUCCAAGGAAACAGCUCCAGAUGGCGACGGCGUCAACAUUCAUGUAGUUAAUCCCACGACACCGGCUCAGUACUACCACGUUUUGCGUCGCCAGCUGGCGAGAAAUUUCCGUAAGCCGUUGGUGGUGGURGCGCCCAAGACGUUGCUCCGUCUGCCAGCUGCGACCUCCACACACGAGGACUUCCAGCCGGGCACGCUCUUCCAAAAUGUCAUAGGUGACAGCACUGUGCAGCCGGAACAGGUGCGCAAGGUCAUCAUUUGCAGUGGCAAGCACUACUACAAUCUGGUCGAGGAACGCGCCAAACGUCAGAUUCAGGACACGGCCAUUGUGCGCCUAGAGUCCCUCUGCCCAUUCCCAGUGCAGGAGCUGCAGGCCCAGCUGGCACAAUAUGGCAAUGUGCAGAGUUUCGUCUGGAGCCAGGAAGAGCAUCGUAACAUGGGCGCUUGGACAUUUGUGCGGCCACGCUUUGAAAAUUUAAUUGGCAAGCAACUCCACUAUUGCGGCCGCUGCGAGGCGCCCACGCCCGCCACGGGCAUUGGCAAAGUGCAUAAACGGGAAGUUGAUGAAAUUGUUGCAGCUCCAUUUGAACUUUAGUACGAUGCCGCCGCUGCCGGACACGGCCUUCCCUCCCCUCCUCUGUUGUCCCCGCGCCAUGCGCCCGUAAAUAUAUCACAAAGUACUUUA